UUUUAUUAAAAAAAAUCUUAUCAAACAAAGAUAAAUAAAUCAGUGUUUUCGUUGUUAAAUAAACUAUUUUGUUGUUAAUGUAUUUCAUAGUGAACAGAUCUGUUUUACAACGUAAUAUGUGCGACUACGCUUUAAGAAAGUGUACAAUAGUUCUUCCGCCCUGAUUUAAAAUCGUUAUUACUCCUACUUUCAAAUCAAUGAAUCAAAGAAGUGAUCAUUAAAUGAUGAGUCAGCAUAAUUUCUGGAGAGGACUAACUCCAUUAACAGUGCCGCCUUCACAGCAAGUACCAGAAAAAAUUGUGAAACUGUGUGCUUUGGGCACAGACUUCAUUGUGUUAGGAAACGACCAUGGCCUCUACCACUGCGAAACUGUGGAAGAUUCUUUGAAUUUCAAAAAAAUCAGCGGCAUUUCUGCAAUAGACAUAUCAUAUCACAAUGAUAUCCUUUACAUUAUAGAUGUACAUGGACGGCUAUACAAAACCAAUGCUAGUUUUAAAAACAAAGAAGAAAUUAUUGUUAAAGAAGACGCUAAGUGUUGUCCACAUGGUUUUAAAAGUUCCAGUUAUAAAGUGAAGUUUAGAAAUGUAGUGACCAGUGAUUUUGGGCAGUUGUUCAUAAGUAGUGAUGGGCAGCUAUGGGGCUCAGGUUGUAUGCCCCAACUUUCCAUGGACACUAGUAGUGUUAAGAAAAUUCCAUUUUUUGAAGGUAGAACUGUUUAUAGUGCAUCGGUUGGUCAGAACUUUGCUGCUGUGAUAGCAAGGAAAAAUGUGAGAAGGUCCGGCAACUAUGACACAGAGAGUGACAAUGAUGAUGAAGAAGUGUUUGCUUCAAAUUGCUCACAGUGCCAGACAAUAAUAGGCCUAGCAUCCCCUGCAUCCGUGCCAUCUCUAUCAGAAACCUGCCCUUUAGGUGUUCAAAUUAGUAAGUCUAGUGAAGAUUCAAGUAGUACUACUGCCCCACAAACCGAUGUACAUGUUGAUGCUCAUAGUUUAACUGAAGAUUCUAGUCCCUCAUCUGAGGAAUCAAAAAUUGCAAGAACAAACUCACAAAAAAAUGCUAAUGUGGAAGCAGAUCAAAUGUCUCAAGAUAACAAAUCAACAGAAGAUGCUGAUGAGCAGACAGAUAAAGAGAGUGAAACAAGUGAAGCUGAUGGAGAAAAAAUUAACAAUAUUUUUAUUAAUACUGAUGCUGCUAGACAGUUCUUGAGUAGACAGCUCUCUUGGGUGUCAGCUGGUGAGGAUUAUUUAGUAGAAUACACAGAAAAACCCACUAGAAUAAUUAAAGAGAAUGUUUCAAACCUCACCAACUUUGUUUAUGAAGGAGUAAAAACUGUUGGAGACAAAGUGGCAACACUGUCAAGACAUGUUAGCGGUAGCAGUGAUAAUAAUGAUGCUGUGGAACUCCAAAUGAGAAUUAAUAAUGAAGAAAUAAAUUCCCUAAUGUACAGCUGUACAUCUAACUGCAAUCUAGAAGAUUUACACUUCUCCACGAGCACAAUAAGCAGUGAAAAGGAGUUUGAAGCUGCAAGGAAAACAGAAAACCUCAAAAACAUGUCUAAACUUGGUAAGAAUAUUUUAGCUACAGAAUUAUGGACCUGGGGAGACAUAUCAUAUGGACAGCUAGGAGUAGGAGACACAGUUAAAAGAAUUAAACCAAUGGUAGUAAUGAGUUUGUCAGGUUUUGGACUACAGAAAGUAUCCUGUGGUAAAUGGCACUGUUCAGCUCUAACACUAGAUGGAAGACUCUUCUUGUGGGGUUACAAUCUGUUCCAUCAAGUCAGCUUUGACAACAGAGAAGAUAAAAGUGGUCCUAAGCAGUUCACAGAAAAUUCUGACAGUGAUAGAGUAAGAGAUAUGAUAGCCACUGAUCAUCACACUUUAGCAUACACUCACAAUGAAAAUAUAUUUUAUAUGGGAAAGCAUACUGAAGGAUACACUGAUUCUAUUGUCAACUUGAAUGUCAGGGAUGACCAAGAGGUCACUGAAAACCACACAGAUUCAACUGUAAAAGUAGUUGAGCCUCCAAACUUUUCAACUAAGCCCCAAAACAUGUGCUACCAUUGGAGAAUAUUGUCUUCUGGCAACAUCAGCUAUUGCUCAAUAGAAGAGUCGUCCAAAUGUCCAGAAUUCCAAGAUUUGUCUAUUGCUCAAAGAUAUCUAGAAGAAAUGCUUUUGAUAUAUCAUAAUCUUGUUAAACCUUUUCUCAAGAAAAGUAAAGCGGUAACUACACAUUCCAAUAUUUACGAAACAGUGUGUGAUAUUUUUGGUGACAUUUUAAACAUUACUGCUCUGAAUGUUCUCUCGAUGUGGCAAUACGCCGAGAAGCAUAUAAAUGAAUGUGAUAUUUCUUUAAUUAAAAAUUUAGAAGAGUUUAUUUAUUUGUACAGAAAGUAUUAUGUAGCUGUAAGCAAUUUGAUAGUAAUCGGCGGUUUCGCGCAAAUCAACAGUGUGGUCGAUGUUCCGUCUAGUGUCUAUAGUUUGUUUAGCGAUCAACUCCCGACUAAUAAACAGAAAAAUAAUAAGAAAACCUUAGAAGCCAUAGUAGGACUGGCGUUCGUACAACCGUUAACAAGAUUGAGCUCUUAUAAAUGCAUAGCUCAAUCGUUAUUGAGGUAUAAGACGAAAAGAAAAAAGCCUGACUCAAAGCCGAAUAUCGAUGAGAGAUUGAACAAAGUGAUUGCUUCUCUUGACACUUUGAUAGACGAACAAGAAAAGAAGCGAAAAGAAGCUGACGUCACAAAGUUAUUUUGGGAGACAAUAGGAAAAAGUAUAGAGCAAUACCGGACGCCUGAACGUCGUUUAGUGAGAGAAUCGAAAUCUCGACAGCUGAAUUUAGUGAACCCAGGCCGAUUUUCAUCGCAUUGGUUCGUCCUGUUCAACGAUCUCUUUGUCCACAUCAACGGCAGCACGCCUAACGUCCAUCCUUUAGAGACGCUAUGGGUAGAACCGGUACCAAAUACAGAUUCCCUGCAAAACGUAAUCCAACUAACGACUCCCGAAGAAACGAUAUCAGUUGCAACGGCAACGGAACAGGAGAAAACAGAAUGGACGCAUUCAUUCAACAAUUCUAUAAGACUUGUAUUAAAUAAGGACAACUUCAAACCACCCGCUGUGAGAACGGCAACACACACGUUCUCAAAUAAAAAUGCCUUUUAUAAAGACGCAAAGUAUACUGGCAGAUGGCUGGAUGGUAAACUCCAUGGCAGUGGGAAAGUAGAAUGGCCUGAUGGCAAAUUGUAUGUUGGCCAAUUCCAGCUAAAUGCUUUAUGUGGACACGGGAAGAUGGAAGUACCCAGUAUAGGAGUCUACGAAGGCCAAUGGAAAGAUAACCUCCAAAAUGGCUACGGUGUCAUGAAAUACACGACAGGUGACAUUUACGAAGGUUAUUUUAAGGAUGGCAACCCACACGGACAUGGUAUUAAAAAGCAAGGAGAUUUUACUUCGUCAUCAGCGACCAUUUAUACAGGGGAGUGGGUCAAUGGGGUCAAGCAAGGGUAUGGAGUCAUGGAUGAUAUUGGAAAAGGGGAGAAGUACUUAGGAAAUUGGAGCGAUAAUAAGAAACAUGGGUGCGGUUUGAUCGUGACCUUGGAUGGGAUUUAUUAUGAAGGUCUUUUCAUGCAAGAUGUGUUGACGGGUCACGGAGUCAUGGUAUUUGAAGAUGGAACGCACUACGAAGGCGAGUUUCGAUCAGCUGGCGUGUUCUCAGGCAAGGGAAUACUAACCUUCUCCAGUGGAGAUAAAAUCGAAGGUAGCUUGAGCGGCGCGUGGACUGAAGGCGUCAAGAUUUCAAACGCUACCAUGCAACUGAAUGUUUCAAACCCAGUGUUGCCAACGAAUUCUAAACCUAAUUCAUUCGGAAAACUAAGUGUAGCUCCUAACCAAAAGUGGAAUGCCCUCUUUCGUCAAUGCUUCCAAUGUCUUGGUGUCUCAGAAUCCAUUCUGACCCCAACCGGUAACCAUUUUGCAAAUGGCCCCUCCGGUCCAUCCAUAGACAACGUUAAAAUCUGGCAGAAUGUCGCCGUCGCCAUAUCCUGUUCGCAUAAAGAAAGAAACAAAAUGUCUAUGAAGAAGAAAAGUAAUGAUUUAGAGAAGUCUGUGGACUGUUUGGAAGUUAUUCCGCAGUUUGGACAGAAAACACUUAAUUUGGAAAGUUAUACGGAGUUGCAGCAAUAUUUGUAUAAUGCCUGCGAAUCAACCCACCAUCCACUAGGUCAGCUCGUCCUCGGCCUAACAAACGCCUUCAACACCACAUACGGAGGAGUUCGAGUCCACCCCUUACUCCUGAGUCAUGCUGUAAAGGAACUCAAGAGUAUCACGGCUCGACUGUACCAGGUCGUAAGGCUCCUGUUCCCUGCCUUACCUCCUGAAGGUUCUGAUGCUGUCCUGCCUUAUAAGAAGAGGGAGGAUGGUCAGGAAGAACAUGCUGACAGUAAUCCUAUUGAUGGCGAGGUAGUGUCGGCGGCGUCCCUGCUGCAGCCGGCGCUGCUGCCGCGCGCGCACCCCGCGCUGUUCGUGCUGUACGCGCUGCACAACAAGAGGGAGGAUGACCUCUACUGGAGACGACUACUCAAGUGGAACAGACAACCUGAUCUCACGCUCAUGGCGUUCUUGGGAAUUGAUCCAAAAUUCUGGGUAGGCUAUACCUGUCCUAACAACCAGUUGUCCCCCACGUCGCCACUCAAAGAGCAACUGUUCCAAGAAGCAGUGGAGACGCUGCAACAACUCAAAACCACCUUCUCACCGAUCGAGAAGCUUCUCGUUAUCAGAAGCACCUUCCAGAAGAUGACUAUUGCUGUACAACAGGAGUUGGGUUCAAACUACCUCUGGAGUAUGGACGAGUUGUUCCCAGUGUUUCACUUCGUGGUAGUGAGAGCUCGGAUCCUACAGCUCGGCUCCGAGAUACACUUUAUUGAAGACUUCCUCGAGCCGGCCAUGCAACACGGAGAGUUGGGACUCAUGUUCACCACUCUUAAGGCAUGUUACUUCCAAAUACUACAAGAGAAAAUGUCGAUCAACUAACUUCGGAAUAACAGACGGACGGGACGUGUGUAUGAUUGUGUGUAAUAACGAUUGAUCUCGCAAUACAUAUGGUGCGUACAUUUAGUUGUAGCUUGCGCAAUAAUUUGCUAUAAGUACUCGCUAGGUGUUCUUUUAGCUUAGAUAUUUGAGGGCGUAUACCAUUUGUAUAGAUUAAUUAAGAAAAAAAUACGGUUCCAAGAAAAAAUAUGCAACUGAAUCUGUUUUUUUUUAAUCAUCCGAUGACUUCUCCCGCCCGGGUGAACCGAGAGGUAGUGUCAGAGUCUUACUGUC